AAAUCUCAUUAACCAAUCAGGAAACAGAUACAGAUAUUGCACAGAUAACAAACCUUACUCUUGAGAAUUCUAUAAAACCGAUCUAUACCCCAACCUGUUUCAAUCACUCUCACCAGUCACAAAAAAAAAACCACAUAAAAUCAACAAAAAAGAAGAAACUUUCUAAUGGCUGCCUCAACAAUGGCUCUCUCCUCCCCUGCCUUCGCCGGAAAGGCCGUGAAGCUUUCUCCUUCAGCAUCAGAAGUCCUUGGAAGCGGCCGUGUGACAAUGAGGAAGACCGUCGCCAAGCCAAAGGGCCCAUCAGGCAGCCCAUGGUACGGUUCCGAAAGAGUCAAGUACUUAGGUCCAUUCUCUGGUGAGCCACCAAGCUACCUUACCGGAGAGUUCCCCGGAGACUACGGCUGGGACACAGCCGGUCUAUCAGCCGACCCCGAGACAUUCGCCAGGAACCGUGAGCUAGAAGUUAUCCACUGCAGGUGGGCCAUGCUCGGAGCCCUAGGCUGCGUUUUCCCUGAGCUCUUGGCUCGUAACGGAGUCAAGUUCGGAGAAGCCGUUUGGUUCAAGGCUGGUUCACAGAUCUUCAGCGAAGGAGGACUCGACUACUUGGGCAACCCGAGCUUGGUCCACGCUCAGAGCAUCUUAGCCAUUUGGGCUACUCAGGUGAUCCUCAUGGGAGCUGUUGAGGGUUACAGAGUCGCUGGAGAGGGACCAUUGGGAGAAGCGGAGGACUUGCUUUACCCAGGAGGCAGCUUCGACCCAUUGGGCCUCGCUACCGACCCAGAAGCUUUCGCCGAGUUGAAGGUGAAGGAGAUUAAGAACGGAAGGUUGGCUAUGUUCUCUAUGUUUGGAUUCUUUGUCCAGGCUAUUGUCACCGGAAAGGGACCGUUGGAGAAUCUCGCCGACCAUUUGGCUGAUCCAGUCAACAACAACGCAUGGGCCUUCGCCACCAACUUCGUCCCCGGAAAGUGAACGAGUUAAAGCUUGUUAUGUGAGUGAGAGCCAGAGAAAGAGAAGUUUGUUUGUGGUCUUUCCUAUGUAAAUUUGUGCAAUUUCCUUUGUCGUAUCUUUGUAUGAUUCAUCAGAAAUCGAACCUCUUUUUCUCAA